AUGGUCUUCAGUCCGAUGGUCUUCAGUCCGAUGGUCUUCAGUCCGAUGAUCUUCAGUCCGAUGGUCUUCAGUCCGAUGGUCUUCAGUCCGAUGACAGUGUCUGUGGUUUCAGAACACUUCUCCUCCUCACUGUCUGCUCCUCACUGUCUCCUCCUCACUGUCUCCUCCUCACUGUCUCCUCCUCACUGUCUCCUCCUCACUGUCUCCUCCUCACGGUCUCCUCCUCACAGUCUCCUCCUCACUGUCUGCUCCUCACUGUCUCCUCCUCACUGUCUCCUCCUCACUGUCUCCUCCUCACUGUCUCCUCCUCACUGUCUGCUCCUCAUUGUCUCCUCCUCACGGUCUCCUCCUCACCGUCUCCUCCUCACUGUCUGCUCCUCACUGUCUGCUCCUCACUGUCUCCUCCUCACUGGCUCCUCCUCACUGUCUCCUCCUCACGGUCUCCUCCUCACAGUCUCCUCCUCACUGUCUGCUCCUCACUGUCUGCUCCUCACUGUCUCCUCCUCACUGUCUCCUCCUCACUGUCUGCUCCUCACUGUCUCCUCCUCACUGUCUCCUCCUCACUGUCUGCUCCUCACUGUCUGCUCCUCACUGUCUCCUCCUCACUGUCUCCUCCUCACUGUCUGCUCCUCACUGUCUGCUCCUCACUGUCUCCUCCUCACUGUCUCCUCCUCACUGUCUCCUCCUCGCUGUCUCCUCCUCACUGUCUGCUCCUCACUGUCUCCUCCUCACUGUCUGCUCCUCACUGUCUGCUCCUCACUGUCUCCUCCUCACUGUCUGCUCCUCACUGCUCCUCCCCUCUCUGCCCUAGGCUCCGCCCCUCACCUGUCUCUCCGCGCUGGGUCCUCCCUCAUUCAGCUCUGGAAGUCUCCUGCGGCUCAGCACCAGCAGAUAGACCAGCGCUCCCAGCCACACCAGCAGCACCAGCCCCACUGCGACCCUCCUGCAGGCGCGCUUCAUCCCCCCCGGCUUCAUCCGCCCUGGGGCAGUGCACCGCGGGGAGGCCUGCCCUGUCACCGCAUGGUCCCAGCUCCGCACGCUGUGCUGUAA